AUGUUGCGAUUAGUCACGACAUCCCUGUGUCUCUACUGCCAGCGGGCUCAAACAACUCCUUUGUUUCUCACGAGGCACCGCUCCGUGAUCAUUCAAGAAGAGAACCCGGUUGCCAUAAACGCCCUGUAUGACUUGUCCAUAGACAUCAGUAAAGUCGGGAAGCUGAGGGGUUGGGUGUUGCACCAGAGUCCGGUGUACGUGAGCCAGACCGCCGCGCAGCUGAGGAACAUGGGGGCUAGUGGGCCAAUUAUCGCCCAUGUUUUGGAACUCCAUCCUGGGGCCAUCCUCUGCAAACCAGAUCAAAUGGUGUCGAAGAAAAAGCUGUGGAUGUCAGUAUGCGCCAGUCAGAAGGAUCUAGUAGGAUUCAUAGAAAAAUACCCCACCUCGUUUUUCACCUUGUUCUCCGAUCACGACGACCAGAAAGCCAACAUUGUUUAUUUACAGAUGUUACAUCUCAACAAAUGCAUCAUCAGCAAGCUCAUGGCCAGCGCCCCUUAGAGCUUCAGCCGACCCAUCGAGCAAAACGAGCAGAUGAUCCAAACCCUGCAGAAGACCUAUAUGGACUUGGUCGGGAAGCAGGACAAUAUGAAGAUCUGGUUGCAGAAGCUGCUUACACAGAAUCCCUACAUGCUUCUAAAGCUUCCAGACGCUUUACACGAUAACUUGGCGUUCCUACGCAACGUGGGCUUUACCAGAGAUGAGCUCUUGCAGCUGCUCUCCAAACUGAAGGGAUUUGUUACUGAGCUGAACCCUGAAAGUAUGAGACUCACCCUGAUCUACUCCCAGGAGACCCUGGGAUGCGCAGAAGAAGAGCUCAGGCAGAUCGUACUUCAGUGUCCAGCAUUGUUAUAUUAUUCUGUGCCUAUACUAGCUGAUCGCUUCAAAGGCCUCCUUACUGCUGGAGUCAGUAUGGAGCAGAUUGUGGAGACUCCAACAGUGUUAGAACCGACAACGAAGAUAGUUCAGUAUCGCAUUCAUAAACUGUACUCUUUUGGUUAUUAUGUGUCAUCAGGUAGCCUGGAAGUCCUCAACGGCACCAAGAAGUACUUUGAGAUGAGCUAAAAAGAAGUUAGGCAAGAGAGGCCACUUUCUAACCCAGUAGCUCCCCUUCGAACAGAAGAUUAAGCACGGAAGCCUGUUUCCAACAUAGAAUUAAAAUAUAAAUAUAGUAACUGCAACUUUUUAAUGUCAAUUCUG